AUGUUCCAACUUGCCGUAGAGUGUUUCGGGGCGAGGAAGGUUCCCACGGUCGACAAUCUCGAGCGGUGGUGUUAUAACAAUCAGAGCGAGGGGGGACCGGAUACCAAGAAUUAUCUACAAUGCGCUGGGGCGCAGAUGGGUUGCUGGGCAGUGCUCCGGGUCAUGUUCGACGCUGCUAAGGCAGAGGACGAGAAAAUAGGCAACGGGGGGUAUUAA